AACAAUUCACACACAAAUCUCAAAAAUAUGAGAAAAUUUAAAGAUUUCAGUUAACCAACACCAAAUUAUCAAUUAAAAAGGACCAAAAACCCUCAAAAAUGGAAUAUAUCGUGGAAGACGACCCAACAUUGAGCAAUUCCUCAUACACUUUCAUCGAAUUAACUGAAGACAUUGCCUCGGAAUCUGUUGUUGUCAUCCCUCAUCGCAUCCCAGCGGCAAAAGAUUACAUUUGUGGCAGUUGUGACGACGCCUUUUCCCUUCGUUCCGAGCUCGAUGACCAUUUACGCGUCAAACAUCCUCAAAUUUACACUGCCAUCAGCUCAUAUCGCAAUGGAGAUUCCCACAAAAAGUCAGAAAUUGAACCACUUUCGACAAAAUCAGUACAAAAUGUUGUGAUAAUCGAAUCUUGUUUCACCUGCAAAUGCGGCGAAAAGUUCCGUCGCUUCUUAGAACUCGAGCAACAUGUCGAAAUUGAGCACACAGACGAGUUUCACAUAGUCGAUAAUGAGCCAAGUCCUUUAAAUGAGGAACUUCCGUACUUCGAAGAUGACCCGAUUGAGGAAGAAAAGUCGGAAAAUCCAAAUUUAUUGCAGAAAAAUGAGAUUUUGGAACAAGAAAAAGUCGAAACUACGAGUUUUGUGACAAUUGAUGCACUAAGAAGAGCCAGAGCUAGUCAAAACGAUGAUAAAUUAUCUCGAGCGAAACAUGUUUGCAGCAUUUGCGGCGAAAAAUAUCUCACAAAAACAAGUUUCUUGACUCACAUGAGAGAAAAACAUCCAAAUAACCCGGAAUUUGUGUGCGAAAUUUGUUCAAAAGGCUUUUUUGACAUCCAAGAACUGAAAAAACACAAAAAUCUUCACAAUUUUAAGAGAUUUGUGUGUGAUGUUUGUUCAAAAAGUUUCCCCACAAAAAGCAAAUUAACAACUCACUUGGAUGUUCAUUUCCGCAAAAACACCGUCGACUGCGAGAUUUGUGGCAAAAAAUUCGCUUCCAAGUCGGGAUAUCGCGUUCACCUGAAGAAACAUCUCGGAAUGUGGGACAAAAAUCUCUCGUGCGAAGUCUGUAACGCCCGUUUUCGGUACAAAUACAACUUGGAUCUGCACAAAAAAUCGCAUACAGGCCAAAAAGACUUUUUAUGCGAGAUUUGUGACAAAAGAUUUUCGCUUCAACGACACUUGCAAGCACAUUUGGACAGUCACAAUGGGCUGCGAAGGUUCAGUUGCGACAUCUGUGGGCAAAAAUUCAUCCGAAGACAGACCUGGAAGCGACAUCUAUUGACUCAUACGGGCGAAAAGGCGUACAAAUGCGAAAUUUGCUCGGCUUCUUAUGUCGAUCGGAGGUCCUUAAGGAAGCAUCUCGAAAAAAUUCAUCCAGAUUCAAAUAUUGAAGCGUUUUCGAAGCCAUUACAUUCGGUGCCUGUGAUUGUGGAGGAGCAAAAUAUAACGGAAUUAGACCCAAAUUUGGUUUAUGCGGAGAUUCAAAUGUGAUUUAAAAGAUUUUUUUAAAUAAUUUAUAGGA